CCUCGGAGGAGCAGAGUCAGCAGGUUCAGCUGGACUCUGCCCUGGAACUCUGAACCUCUGGACCUCUGCAGCCCCGGGCCGAGCUGCAGUCCCCGCAGACAUGGACAGGAGGCUCCUGCUGGUGUCCAACUCCACCCUGCACGGCAGCGGGUACCUGGCCCACUGCGAGCAGCAGAUCAGCCGCUUCUUCGGGAGGAAUGUGAAGAAAGUGCUGUUCGUCCCUUAUGCGUUGCAUGACAGAGAUGCCUACACAAAGACUGCCAGAGACAAACUGAAAACUUUGGGUUAUGAGGUGGACAGCAUCCAUGAGGCUGCAGACCCCGUCGCCGCCGUCAGGAAGGCUGAAGGCAUUUUUAUAGGGGGAGGCAACACUUUCCGGCUGCUGAAGAGUCUCUAUGACAACAAUGUGGUGAAGGAGAUCAGUAAGAGAGUGAUGGAGGAUGGCGUUCCCUACAUGGGCUCCAGCGCCGGCACCAACGUGGCCACCGUCAGCAUCAGCACCACCAACGACAUGCCCAUCGUCUACCCGCCGUCGUUCUCAGCCAUGGGCCUGGUCCCCUUUAACAUCAACCCCCACUACCUGGACACGGAUCCCAGCAGCCGCCACAUGGGGGAGACCAGGGAGCAGAGAAUCACUCAGUACCACGAGGAACCCGACACUCCGAGUGUCCUGGGUCUGAGGGAGGGUUCCAUGCUGCUGGUGGAGGGAAACAAGGCCACGCUGCUGGGAACCACGAGGGCCAGACUGUUCACCAGGGGCAAAGCCGCAGUGGAGUACGAUCCAGGAAGUGACCUCAGCUUCCUGCUGACUAACUGACCAAUCAAGGGGAAGCAGGAAGUGGCGGGAGGUUCUGGUUCAAAGAGAAUAAACUUUUUAAAAAGGAAA